UGGAUUAGGUGUUGAUUUCCAUCAUGGGGGACCGCCAUCUUGGGGGAGGAAAGACUGUCUACACUCUGCUAUUCAGCGUUGCUCUGGCACUGUUGGCCCUGUUGUCUGAUGCCCAGGGCCGAACGGACAGAGCCAGGACAAGGGAGGAGACGGGAGCAGGGCCCCUGAGGAGGGUGAAGAGGGGCUGGGUGUGGAACCAGUUCUUUGUGCUGGAAGAGUACACGGGCCUGGAGCCCCUGUACAUCGGAAAGCUCCACUCAGACAUGGACCUAGGGGAUGGCUCCAUCAAGUACAUUCUGUCGGGCGACGGCGCGGGCACCACCUUCACCAUUGACGACAGUACAGGCGAUAUACACGCUAUCAAGAGGCUGGACCGUGAGGUCAAGGCCCAGUACAUGCUGCGAGCCCAAGCCUGGAACAGACUAACCAACAGACCCCUGGAGCCGGAAUCUGAGUUCAUCGUCAAGAUCCAGGACAUUAACGAUAACGAGCCAAAGUUUCUGGACGGACCCUACCAGGCCACCAUACCCGAGAUGUCGUCCAUCGGCACUGAGGUGAUCCGGCUCACGGCGACGGACGCCGAUGAUCCCACGUACGGAAACAGCGCCAGAGUGGUCUACAGUAUCCUCCAGGGACAGCCCUACUUCUCCGUGGAGCCAAAGAGCGGGAUCGUGCGCGUCUCCCUGGGAGGCAUGGACCGCGAGGUAAGGGAGAACUACUCCGUCGUCAUCCAGGCCAAGGACAUGGGCGGCCAACUGGGAGGCCUGGCCGGGACCACCGUGGUCAACAUCACUCUGAGCGACGUCAACGACAACCCGCCCAUGUUUGAUCAGAAGCUGUACCAGAUGAGUGUUCCAGAGUCAGCCCCGGUGGGUUCUGUUGUGGGUCGUAUCCGGGCCAAGGAUCGUGACAUUGGCAUCAAUGCAGAGAUGACGUACAGCAUUAUCGACGGAGACGGGAGGGACACCUUCGACAUCAGCACCGACCCCACCCACCUUUUUGGCAUCAUCACCAUCAAAAAGCCUCUGAACUUUGAGAGCAAGGCAAGCUACACGCUCAAGAUAGAAGGAGCCAAUACACACCUGGACCACCGUUUCCUGGACAAGGGCCCUUUCAGCCACGUGACCAUCGUUCACGUCAGCGUCGAGGACGUGGACGAGCCCCCGGAGUUUGACUCGGCUGUCUACUACAUGGAGGUCCCCGAGAACGCAGAGGUCGGCAUGGUGAUCAAGACCAUCUCUGCCAGGGACCCUGACGCCGCCAACAACUCCAUCAGGUAUUCUAUAGACAGGACCAGUGACCUGGGGAAAUACUUCUACAUUGACAUCACUUCUGGGUCGUUGAUGACAGUACUCCCGCUAGACAGAGAGGAGAUCACCUGGCAUAACAUCACCAUCCUGGCCAUGGAGAUGAACAACCCUAACAUGAUUGGGAGUUUGUCCGUGGCCGUGAAGAUUCUGGACGUGAACGAUAACGCUCCGAUGCUGCCAGAGUACUUUGAAACAUCUGUCUGUGAGACCGCCAAGGCGGGACAGCGGGUUCAGACUGUGGCAGCGGUUGACCCAGAUGACCCUCUGGGAGGACAUCACUUUUACUACAGUCUGGCACCAGAGGCGGCUAACAAUCCCAACUUCACCCUCAGAGACAACCAAGACAAUACAGCCUGGAUCUUGACUCGGCGCGGCGGCUGGUCUCAGCAGGACCAAGCUGUCUACUACCUUCCGAUCUUCAUCUCAGAUGGAGAGCAGCCGGUUCAGACCAGCACCAGUACCCUGACCAUCCGAGUGUGUAGCUGCGAUGGGGAAGGCAAAGUCAUGUCCUGUAACGCAGAGGCAUACCACCUCCCGGCUAGCCUGAGCAGAGGGGCGCUCAUUGCCAUAUUGGCAUGUAUCUUUGUCCUACUAGUGAUGAUUCUGCUCAUGCUGUCCCUCCGGAGCCAGCGUAAGAAGCCUUUCCUGCAUGACGUGGAAGACAACGUCCAUGAAAACAUAGUCCGCUACGACGACGAGGGGGGCGGAGAGGAGGACACGGAGGCCUUCGACAUCGCUGCCAUGUGGAACCCCCGGGAAGCCCAUCUAGUAGGGAAGCAACGUCAGGACAUGUUGCCCGAGAUUGAGAGCCUGUCGCGAUACGUCCCGUUGGCGUGCGUGGGCGGGCCGGGGAGGAGUUGCGGUGGUGGAGACAGCAACGUUCAUGGUUAUGUACUUUCCAAACUCCUGGAGGCGGAUCUGGACUCCUGUGCGCCACCUUACGACUCCCUGCAGACAUACGCCUACGAGGGGGAGGGGUCCGUGGCUGAUUCCCUGAGUUCGCUGCAGUCCUCGUGCUCCAAUACAGAUCACGAGUACGACUAUCUCAACAACUGGGGGCCCAGGUUUAAGAAACUGGCCGAGAUGUAUGGGGUUCUGGAGACAAAAAGCCCUCCCAUGUGGUAAAGGGAAGGCAGAAGCAAGAGACUCACCCCUACAUAAACACAACUUAAAGGGACGAGAGAAAAACGUAGAAGGACAAUGACUCAACCAGUGGCACAGAGAGACUGACAUGGAGAUAUAUAGGGAGGGAGAAGAAUAUUGAGAGCUUGACAGGUGUGCUAGCCGUUUAAGUGAAGCACUUGCGAUAGCGCCAAUCAGCACAGCCUUUUCUCCAGUGUUUGAGGCCCUGGUGUCUCAGAGUUGCAUAGCUUCCUAACUGCAUAGCUGCCACCGCCAUCCUUCCCCAUCUCCAGGGAGAGUCUUCAGAGAACCAUGGACUGACUGACAGUCGGCUAGCGCCACAAGGCCCUCAAAGCAAAGGGCUUCAAAGCAAAACUCCCAUGGCCGACCCAGGUCCAAGCCACAGGCGCUGGCAGCUCUUUCGUCCAAAGGGCCUGGAUCCCCCUCAGAUGAACACAAGAGUGAGGAACUGUAGGGAAAUGAGGGACGCGACAGAAGUAGCCUUACCUACCCAUGAAAACAUAUGCAGGAAACUCAGAAUUGCAUUUUUUUAUUUUUUUGUUUGUUUUGGGGCUGGGGAAUUGUCAAGCUUUCGCUUUUGUGUUCUAUGCCACUAUGUGAUGAGAAAAAAAAUAAUUCAAUGUUUUGAUGACCUGUUUGUCAUUGUUGCCAUUUUGGUUUAAGAAAUUUAAUUUCUUCCCAGCAGCACUGUUAUGUGGCUGUCGUUUUAUUAAUGUAUUUUUUUUGUGCUGCAUUUACAUUUUCUGUAACUUAUUUUGGGGAAGCAACCAAGCACUGGACAUGUGUUUGAUGUUAUUCCAAGAUUGGGGAGUCGGCAUUAAGAUAUGUUCAAAUUAUGUAACAUAAAUGUUUCAAUGGUGUCCAAUUGCAAUUCUGUAAAGGGUGUUUCAAAGACAACGUGUCUUCAAGCAUUUCUCAACGUUUUGUUUAUCAGAUAUAGUAGAGAAAAUGGAAACUCAGUAAUCCUGUUUGGAAUUUAAGGUUGAUCUGUUAAAUGUAGCUAUACAUAUUUUAUUAGCUUGAACCCUUUGUUGUUUUGCUUCUGAUUGGAAUUGAAAAACAUAAUCACACAUUUACAUUUAUUGAUCAGGACAUUGUGUCCCAAAUGUCACACUAUUCCCUAUGAAGUGAACUCAUUACAGUAUCUGUGUCUGAAAUGGAGGAGGGCCAGUUACCAUCAAUGUCAUACUCAUCUUCAUAAACAUACCUGGAUGAGCACAAACCUAAUGUAUGAGACGUUACUAAGCAUUUCAUCAGAUUGUCUGCCAUCAUCAGGGGUUAAAUAGGUUGGGAGAGGAGCCCAUUUGUGGCUAGAUAACUUUAAUAAUUUGCUUCUUGAAGUGCCAAAUGUAAAAUAAAAUAAAUAUUUCAGCAAAAGAAUGCCAAAAACAAAGGGACAUAUUGUGAAAUACUAUAAAGACAUUUUGAUCAUAAUUGAUUGGGUGAACUCUACUUGAAAUAUUUGUGGUGUCAGUUAUGCUACAGUAUGUGGUAUUUGAAUGUAGAUACAUUUUGU